UUGCACAAUAUGCAGCACAUGCAUUGUACAGUUUCCUCAAGGACAGAUACAAAAGAGGCGGUGGUACUUCAGCACACAUACACAGAUGCAUUAUCAUAAUGACAUAACAAUUUUAAUCACACAGCACAUUCUACUUGGAACCACUGAGUGUAAAUUUUUUCACGGUUGCUCAUUGAAGUUAAAACCCCGAAGCUAACAGCACCAGCAUGUCUGUUUUCAGAAGGUUGUUUGGUGAUCUUGUGAGUGCAGUAAGGAGUCAAUCAAGUCAAUCACCACACCGUGCAUUGUCUGCAUCUGUAACAGCAACUCAAGAUGAACACAAUCUUCCUAAUACUAAGCCAGCCAAGACUGGCAUCAUGCUUCUUAACAUGGGUGGUCCAGAGACUGUUGAUGAAGUACAUGACUUCCUUCUCAGGUUAUUUCUGGACAAAGAUCUCAUUCCACUCCCAGCACAAAACAAACUUGCCCCAUUUAUUGCUAAACGUCGAACACCAAAGAUUGAGGCACAGUACAAGAAGAUUGGAGGUGGUUCACCAAUUAAGAUGUGGACCAACAAGCAAGGCAAAGCUCUGGUUAAACUUCUAGACAAAAUGUGUCCAGAAUCAGCACCACAUAAAUACUACAUCGGUUUUCGAUAUGUUAAACCCCUGACAGAGGAUACUGUAGCCGAAAUGGAGAGAGAUGGAAUAGAGAGAGCCAUUGCCUUCACCCAGUACCCUCAAUAUAGCUGUUCAACCACUGGAAGUAGUCUGAACGCUAUUUAUAAAUAUUAUGCAAAGCAUCCAGAAUUAGUAGCCAAUAGCAAGAUGAGAUGGAGUGUGAUUGACAGAUGGCCAACCCACCCAGGACUUGUAAAGGCAUUCACACAACUAGUCAAAGAUGAACUUGCGAAGUUCCCUGAGGAGGUUCAAGAUGAUGUAGUUAUACUCUUCUCUGCACACUCCUUACCUAUGAGUGUUGUGAAUAGGGGUGACCCUUAUCCAGCUGAAGUUGCUGCAACUGUACAACGUGUCAUGGAGGCUCUUGACUUUUCUCAUCCUUAUAGAUUAGUGUGGCAAUCACAAGUUGGCCCUUUGCCAUGGCUUGGUCCUCAAACUGAUGCAGCCAUCAAAGGAUUAAGCAAAAAUGGCCGCAAAAAUAUUUUGCUGGUGCCGAUAGCAUUUGUGAAUGACCACAUUGAAACCUUACAUGAGCUGGACUUGGAAUACGCAGAUGAAUUAGCAAAGGAGUGUGGAGUUGAGAAUAUUAGGCGUGCUGCUUCACUGAACGACAAUCCUAUAUUUAUAGAGGCAAUGGCAGACUUAGUAACUAAGCACCUUGCAUCAGGUCAACCAUGUUCAACACAGCUCUCAUUACGAUGUCCUGUAUGUGUUAACGCUGUCUGCGGACAGACCAAGAAGUUCUUUGCUGAUCAGAAACUUUAAAUCUAACUUUGAUGUAUUUUAUAAAUGCACUUACAUCUUAUUGCUUCCAAGUUGUUAUAAUUCCAGCGGCCACUCGUUACAGUCAAGAUUUUCUAUAGCUUCCCAUUUCCAACAAGUGACCUCAUUCAAAUCUAGCCAUCAUUAUACAUAGGUCAUGGGAGCAAUAUCUUUAGGUGAGGUUUGUGGUAGCACCAUGUGUGAAUUUCCUUCAAGUAGUGUUGGUUCUGAAAGGAACCGGUGGUUGACAACUCUUAAAGUAUAGCUCGUUAGAAUUUUUGUGUUUAUGAUUUGAAAUUUUGAUUCUAUUAUCGCAAGGCGGUAUUAGGAUUUCUUUUUAAAGAUGUUGUGGGGUUAGUAAUUGGUGGGGAAAAGGUUGUUUGUAGGACUAGUUUAGAAAUGGACAUUGGUGUUUGGUGGUCUUGGUUUUUCUUAUUGAAUGGAUCCUACCAUCUUAUUUAAAAACAUUAAGCAUGAAUGUUAGCACCAUUGGCAAAACACUGAGAUAAAAACUAAACAUUACCGGUAGUCCUCUUCUUCUGCUAAUGUGUGUUUGAAAGAGCUAGGUCAGUAUUUGUAUUUAAUCUCUUUGAAACUACCUCCAACAAGGGAUAUAAGUCCUUAGGUGGAUUUUACAAAGAGUUAAGGCUAGUCUUAUCUCAAGUUAGGUCAAGUUACUCGUCUUAACGUAGGACUAGCCAUUAGUUUUUAACAUCUCUUAGGACUUGUUCUAAGUGCUUUGUGAAAUCGACCCCUGGGAUCGGGUUACAACAGUUGUGAACUAUAUGGUAUAUGUCUCUAAACAGUCUGAACAUUUAUUAUGGUUAGAUUUGUUAUUUAGAUAUUUAUUUAUUUUGUUCCGCAUAUAAGUUACUAGUAUGAUGUACACCUGUAGUGGCUGAGCUUUGUUUCGUGGCACCUCUACUCACUGAGGUUGUUAAUGGGACACCCUCAGCGCCGUUCAUACUGACUGUGAAUGGGAAGCGAAUUUUGACAUCACAGCCCUUUUUUCCCUGAGAAUGUUUUGCAAGGGUUGGGCACGUUUCGACUGUUGAAUCAAACAGUAAAAACUUGUAUCAGAAAGUAUGAACCGGGCUUAUUCCAAAACUUGAACUGGGUCAUUUUUAAUACCGACAGCCUUUUUCUUUAUUUACUUCUAGUGGUUGCACAGUAUAAGUUUACAAACGCACAAACUCAUUCAAUGAGAAACGUAAUACUAGUUAUACGAAUUAUAACAUUUAUUUUUAAGUAGGAUUUGAAACUUUGCAUGGUGGAAUUUAUUCUUGUUAUAGCGUUAUACAGAAAAUCUCAAAACGCUAUCGAAAAAGGAUUUUUUCUGAACAGUCACCCAUCAUGGAGCAAUAAACUUUAUUUUAUUGCUCCAUGCACCCAUGCACAUUAUGUUCACCACCCCAGUAUUUGAAUCGUCCUAAAUGAACCCUAGCCCUCUGGGGUAUCGAGUAGGGUUGUCAGCCCCAAAAAAUCUUUGGGCGGAUCAUUUUGUCGGGUCAUAGAGCAAUACUCGUUGUAAUAGCUAUGUAAUAGUGGAAACGCAAUGAUGAGCUGAAUAAAGUUGUUUCUAUGUCACACGAA